AACGCGACAUGGUUCAAUACUAAAACAAAAAAAAAUCCGACUGUCGGUCAUUAAAAAAAAAAAACGCUAACAAUUCGGAAUUUGAUUUAAAAAAAUUCGAAAUUCGCAAACAAAAAUGGCGGUCGCGUUCGUCUCGGCAAUUUCGAAUUUGGAACUGUGAACAUCGGCCGGCGGCGACGCGCACGCGACAUCGCGCUACGUACUAUGAAGAGAAAAAAAUAUAUAAAUGGAACAUUACAAGGGAAUCGAAACGGACUUAAGAAAUGCGAUAAUCGUUUUGUAUGAGAAACCGAUAACCGAAGCACCGCGACAAUAUCACGAUUGUUACACACACAUAUUAAUGAAUUUAUACGCAAAUAUUAUAUAAUCACGUAUAGUUUUUAAAUCGUUAAAACAUUUAAUACACAAUUUAAAUUUAGUCAUUUUCGAAAGUGCCCACAUUUUUAAACUUCCCGAGAGCAAGUGCCCUGUAAACCUGAAAACGAAAUUUUAGACUGAUAUUUAAUCCGAAUAUUAUAGUAGAUUUAAAUUAAAUAAAUAAAUUACGUAUUCAAAGAAUUAUAGAGUAUUUACAUUAGUUGAACGUUUGAGAAAGUUUAUAAUAUAUUAAUAUUAGAGGAAGAAUAUUUAUUAAAAAUAUUAUUAAUCGCGAUAGACAAAAAAAAAACAAAUAUUUAAUAGCAAUAAUAAUAAUUAAAACUAAAUAAAAUAAAAUAAAAAAAAUUACAAAGAACCCGGGAUCAGUGACGUAGCCUUAAGACUUUUUUGUACGACGCACGAACAAUCUUGAAACUUGAUAUUAUUAAUAUUGGUGCAGUUAAAAGAUGAUACACGGUACAAUAAGCGCGCUGACGGAUGAGUGUUGAGAGCAGCCUGUGACGGUCCGUUCGGGCCCAACAUGUUGAACAUGUUUGAUAUGUGGAACUCUGUGAGCAAGCUGGAGGCGCAGUCCAAUGUGCAGCAAAGCCAACAGCCACACACUUCAGGUGGGAGCAUUAAAGCCCAAAUCGAGAUAAUACCGUGCAAGGUAUGCGGAGAUAAAUCGUCGGGGGUGCACUAUGGCGUGAUCACCUGCGAGGGAUGCAAAGGAUUCUUCAGACGAUCCCAGAGCACAGUGGUGAACUACCAGUGUCCUCGCAACAAGGCCUGCGUCGUGGACAGGGUCAACCGCAACCGAUGCCAGUACUGCAGACUACAGAAGUGCCUCAAACUCGGCAUGAGUCGUGAUGCCGUCAAAUUCGGUCGCAUGUCGAAGAAGCAGCGGGAGAAGGUCGAGGACGAGGUCAGAUACCACAAGGCGCAGAUGCGGGUGCAGGCUGAUGCGGCGCCGGACUCCGUGUACGACGCCCAGCAGCAGACGCCCAGCUCGAGCGACCAGUUCCACGGGCAUUAUAACAGCUACCCAGGAUACGGGUCGCCGUUGUCUUCGUAUGGCUACAACAACGCCGGGCCAGCGCUACCCUCGAACAUGAGCGGGAUGCAGCCGCAGCCCCCAGCCCAGCCCCCGUACGAGGUCUCAGGCGACUACGUGGACUCCACAACGACAUACGAGCCCAAACAGACAGGGUUCUUGGACGCAGACUUCAUAAGUCACGAGGAGCGCCAGAAAUCGACCAUCGUCCGACCGUCGACCGCGACCACGACCGCCACCACGACCACGAUCCGACCAUCGGCCAUAAACGAGCUGCCCAGAUCACGGCUGCAGGAGUACGACCGGUACGACGACCGGAUCCAGUCGCCGUCAGGGGUCAUCAGCAUUAAGCAGGAGAUCAAGCCUGAGACUUCCAUGGGCGUCGAUAACUUAGUGGCCAGCUACGUCGACUCGACAACGUUCCUACACAGUCCUUCUAACAUGCAAAACAGCCCGAUGGAGAUACAGAACACGGUGCUUGUCAGCGGUCAGAGCUCCGUCUCCUUGACCAGCGAGGACUUGAGUCCUGAUGAUUUGACUUCGAGCAGCGGCCACGAGAGGCUAAUGGACCCCAUGAACAUGAACAUGUCCGCCAUGGGAAUGGUGAACCCCAAUAUUGUGUCAACGAGAAGACACCACGGCGCUAAUAAUUCUAAUGACGAUAUGCCUUUGGAGGGUGACAUUAGCAAGGUGCUAGUGAAAAGUUUGACAGAGGCGCACGCGAAUACAAAUCCGAAGUUGGAUUACAUACAUGAGAUGUUCGGCAAGCCCCAGGAUGUUUCUAAGCUCUUGUUCUAUAACUCCAUGACCUACGAGGAGAUGUGGUUGGACUGCGCCGACAAGCUCACGGCGAUGAUCCAGAACAUCAUUGAGUUCGCGAAACUCAUACCUGGUUUCAUGAAGCUCACCCAGGACGAUCAAAUACUGCUGCUUAAAUCAGGUUCGUUCGAGUUGGCGAUCGUCCGUCUGUCGCGGCUAAUCGACGUGAACCGCGACCAGGUGCUCUACGGAGACGUGGUGCUACCCGUGCGGGAGUGCGUGCACGCGCGCGAUCCCAGAGACGUAGCACUGGUGCAAGGAAUCUUUGAGGCUGCCAAGAGCAUCGCUCGACUGAAGCUGACCGAGACUGAACUGGCUCUAUACCAGAGCCUUGUGCUCCUGUGGCCAGAGCGUCACGGCGUGAUGGGCAACUCGGAGAUCAGAUGUCUCUUCAACAUGUCCAUGUCGGCGAUGCGGCAUGAGAUCGAGGUCAACCACGCGCCGCUCAAGGGUGACGUCACCGUGCUGGAUACACUCCUGGCCAAGAUACCCACUUUCAGAGAUCUCUCCCUGAUGCACCUCGGAGCGCUGAGCCGUUUCAAAGCGACGCAUCCGCAUCACGUUUUCCCAGCUUUAUACAAAGAAUUGUUCUCUUUAGACAGUGUUUUAGAUUACACGCACGGAUAAUUGCAUCUUCGGCACAUCGACGAUGACGGCUUUCACGGUAUUCACGUCCGCCGAUAAUAGAUGGCGUUAGUGAGCCGCAUUUUUUUUCUUUUUCUAAUUUAUAUACUUGACAGCUACUCCCGACUUCCCGGCAAAACUGAACGGGUACCGGAAACAAAAAAAAAAGAAGUUGCAUGCUAGUCUAUGGAGCGCGGGAGAGAUUGCAUGCGACAUGUUUAAUGUUUUUUUUUCUUUUUCGAAUUCAAAUUCGCGAUAAGGCUGCAGGUACGCGUUCAGUUUUGUUUGAUUAUUUUUUUUAUUUUUUUUCGUGUAUGUCUGCGCGCGUGCGGACGCAAUAUGAAUAAUGUUAAAUGUAUCUAACUUUGAAUGAAGAAAUAAUAAUAAUAAUUAUUAUAUAAAGGUAUAAAAUAGGAAUAGAGUUUUUAUUAAGAGAUAAAAAGUUUAUUAUGUAGUGAGUUUUAAUAUCACACGUAUUUCAUGGAAAUAAAUCGUAAAGUUUUUUUUUUAAAUAGGUCUUUUUUAAUUAUUUUUAACAGUUUUUUUUUUAAAGAAUGUAACUUGUUAUUUAUUUCAAAUGAUUAUAUUAUUGAUGUUUCUCUUUGUAGAUUUCUCGGUUAAGUUGUAAUAUAAGUUAUAAUUGAUACUGCCCAAUUUUUACUUCUUUUUUUUUUGUAAAUUUUCUAUUCUUGUUUUUAAUAAUCUGCUUAAGAAUACAAAACAAUCAGUUCGCAUUGUCUGAUAUAAUUUAAAAUGAAAUUAAAAUUCAAUUCAGUCCGCGAUAUGAGAACUUCUACUGAUUCGCGUUGGUCUACAACUGACAAUAAUCAGACAGCGGUCAGUCGAGUUUGACAAUAAGACUGCAUUAUAGGGGCUGCCUUUUUUUUUUUUGUUGAAUCGUGAAUCGAUGUUACCAAAAGCGUCACACUGAACAAAAUUUCGAACAAUUAAAGUAAUUUACACAAGUACACUGUUUAAGAGCAGGCAAUUAAAACCUUAAUUUGAUCUCAUUAAUUAUUCUUUUUGCACGCAACGUUUUCGGGUGCCAUCUGCGAAAUUAAAACAAAGCAUAAUAAAUCUUCAAGUACACUUACACCACAAAAAAAUGCAUAAUAUUAUUUUAAAACGUUUUUUUUUUUUUCGUUUUUAACUUUAUUUCUUUUUUUACGUAAAUGCUCGGUUUUCUUAUUAAAUUUUGAUACGAAUAUUUCGUAAUUGCCUGCUACGUAAUGAAGAAAAAAAACCUAGUAAUAAAAUAACCAAUCAAAUUUCUCUAACACUCAAGGUCGGACGGCGUUCACUUUGACAGCUGUCAAAUCUGUCAUCUGUCAAAGUGUCUCCCUCCGCCUUUAUAAUAAGUUUGUCGAAUAGCCUUACUAUAGACUGGUUUAUAUUAAUGUUAAAAAAAGUAUAUUAUUAUUAUAAUUAUUAUUAAAGAAAAAUAAUUAAAUCUUAACUUGUAUUUUGUAAAUAGCUAUAAAAAAAAGAAAUAUGUAUUUUAUAUUUAAUACUGUAAGGUUCGAUGGGUUAAUAUUAAUUUUUACAUUAUAUGUAUAGAAGCGAGAUACGACAAAGGAUCAAAACAAAAUUUUACACUAUCAGCGUUCGUGAGCUAUAUUUAAAAAAAAAACGUUAAAAAGUUGU